AACGGAAGUAAACAUCAGUGAGAAGCCACCAUCGCUCACCUGUAUUCCGCCGGUUACACUCCAUAGAGAAUCCUCUCCUCUGAAAAUAAAAAUGGUGAUUGAGACCAAGAGCGGGAAGGCCACCAGGGGCAAAGCCAACGCGGCUUCUUCUUCCGAGGGCUUCACCCUUAGAGCCAUGAUGAAGAAUGCAACCGUCAGAGGCCCCCCAGCAGCCGGGGCAUUCAAAGAACGACCUGCAAAGCCCACGGCUUUCCGCAAGUUCUACGAGCGAGGAGACUUUCCGAUCGCCCUCGAGCACGACACCAAAGGAAACAAAAUCGCCUGGAAGGUGGAGAUCGAGAAACUGGAUUACCACCACUACUUGCCCCUCUUCUUCGACGGUCUUUGCGAAACGGCGCACCCUUACGAAUUCUUCGCGCGUCAGGGAGUCCACGACAUGCUGGAGCACGGAGGACCCAAGAUCCUGCCCGUCAUUCCUCAGCUCAUCAUACCCACAAAAAACGCCCUGAACACCCGCGCCCGGCAGGUCAUCUGCACCACGCUCAAAGUUCUCCAGCAUUUGGUGGUCUCGUCUGAAAUGGUGGGCGAGGCGCUGGUCCCGUACUACCGCCAGAUCCUUCCCAUCCUCAACAUCUUCAAGAACAUCAAUGUCAACUCCGGCGACGGCAUCGACUACAGCCAGCAAAAACGCGAAAACGUCGGCGACCUGAUUCAAGAAACGCUGGAAGCCUUUGAGCGCUACGGAGGAGAAGAUGCGUUUAUUAAUAUCAAAUAUAUGGUGCCCACCUACGAGUCGUGUCUGCUGAACUGAACAACAUAGGAGUAUUGAUUGAAAAUGAGGGCUAUGUGCCCCUCCCCCCCCCUCCUC